ACAAAAUUAACCUUUCCGGGAACGCAUAUAUAAAAGCAAGGCAGGACGGACAGAGAGCGUCCCAUUCCUCAUUCCUUCUUCCAUUCCUGCAUUCCUUGUAGAAAAAUGGCUCAUUCCCUUGCCAUAGAAGAGUUUGAGGCGCUCACACGAGCUUUCUCAGGAUUUGGCGUGGACGAGAAAUCCAUAAUCACAGUAUUAUCAAAAUGGCACCCCGAACAGCGGAAAUCAUUCCGGAAGAGCUGCCCCCAAUUUUUCAAAGAGGAUGAUCGGUUCUUUGAGAGGUGGGAAGAUUAUCACAUCAGUAUAUUGGAAAGGGAAUUUGCCCGAUUUAAGAAAGCCAUGAUACUAUGCACUUUGCAUCCAUCGGAAAGAGACGCUCGCUUGGCUUAUGAAGUCAUACACAAGGGCCAGCCAUUGGGCAUCCUUAUAGAGAUCGCUUGCACCCGAUCGUCCGAAGAGCUCUUGGGUGCGAGGAGGGCAUAUCAUUCCCUUUUCAACCACUCUCUUGAGGAAGACGUCGCUUAUCAUGUCAGGGGAGCCAACCGAAGUCUCUUGGUUGCAUUGGUGAGCUCUUAUAGAUAUGAGGGAACAUGUGUGAAAAAAGAGAUUGCGGGAUCAGAGGCCAAGACCCUCGGUAAGGCUAUUAAGGAAGCGAGCAUGAAGAAGCUCAUCGAAAAUGAAGAUGUGGUAAGGAUUCUAUCUACAAGAAGCAAGUUACAGCUCAAAGUUACCUUCGACGAGUACAAGGAGAUGUUCGGGGAGGCCAUUGACAAGGUACAAUGACCAAACCAUCACAACAUUACCAUGUUUCCAAUGCAUCGCGUGAUUUUCAGCUGUCCUGUUUGGGAACUAUAGAAGAAGAAGGAAAAAAAAAAAACGAUUUCCAUGGAUAUACAGUUUUCCCUUGCUUAAAAAAAAUUGUAGGAAUCAAGAUCAAUUUUAAUUUCCAAAGUUUCACUAAAAAACAUGGACAUUGAUUCCUUUAAAAGAAAACAUAAGUUGUCAUCCAAAAAAGAUUUUGUAGGAGUUUCCAUGUCCACAUUUUGGAUCCUUUUUAUCCAAACAGACAUGGUUAGUUACUUUGAAGGUAUCUAACUAUCCUCUCAUUUGGUAUGGUUGAAAGUGGAGGUUUUUAUGCUGUUUGACAAAGCUAAUUGAUGUCUGAACUCAACUGGAUUGAUUUGCAUAUGAACACUUUCCAUUCCAGAAAGUGAAAUAGUAAAACCGAAAUAUUAUAUACUCCGUACUAAAAUUCCCAAAAUUUUAAAAAUGUCUGUUAAUUAUUCGUCACAGCCUUUUGUGUCUCUCAGCUUACAGCUUAUUGGUGUAACAUGUUAGGAUAUAGAGGACUUGAGCUUACAAGAGACGGUCCAAUGCCUGAGCUCUGCUCCGAAGUAUUUCAGCAAGACACUGGACAUGGCUUUAAAGGAUGGUGUGAGUGAGAGCACGAAAGAAGCACUCACCCGAGUGAUUGUGACCCGUGCCGACGUUGACAUGAAGGAGAUCAAAGAGGAGUACCAAAAGGUCUAUGGAGUUCCCCUUGCCUUCAAAAUCGAAGAGAUAACAUGUGGGAACUAUAGGGACUUCUUGCUUGCUUUGGCUGGAAGAUCAAUCUAACAGGGCACCUUCAUCUGCUUACUUUGAAAAAUCAUGUUCUGAGUCCCGAAAAUCCUUGCUUUACCGGUUCUUGUUCUACAGUUGAUGUUACGGUGACAUGCCCUUGUUUUGGUUGUGGAUGGUGGUAUUGUGUGGGUGACAUUUAAGGCUAUGUUCUAUUUCAAUAAUAUAUCACCAUCAUCAUACAG